GGUGCCCCACUCUCUUCUGGCAACUGUCAUUGUACAACAUUAUGAAAGGACACACGGGCGACAUGGAGAACCAGUCCAAGGUGGAACCCUACAGCCGGCCCCUGGACAUUGUGCCCAGUACAGAGGAGAAGAUGACAGACAGGGGUCAGUGGGGCAACAAGCUAGAGUUUGUUCUAUCAGUGGCUGGAGAAAUUAUCGGCCUGGGGAAUGUCUGGCGUUUCCCCUAUCUUUGUUAUAAGAAUGGGGGAGGUGCCUUCUUCAUCCCAUAUCUCAUCUUCCUGUUUGCUUGUGGGAUCCCUGUCUUCUUCCUGGAGACGGCUCUGGGACAGUACACCAAUGAGGGAGGCAUUACCUGCUGGAGGAAGAUCUGCCCUUUGUUUGAAGGAGUUGGUUACGCUACCCAGGUGAUUGUUGCUCUGCUGAACAUCUACUACAUCAUUGUGUUAGCCUGGGCCAUCUUCUAUCUGUCCAACUCCUUUACCUGGGACCUGCCCUGGGCUUCCUGCAACAACACCUGGAACACAGAUUCUUGUAUGGCAUUUCAGAGGGGGAAUAGCUCCAUCAAUCACCAUGAGAACACCACCUCUCCUGUCAUUGAGUUCUGGGAACGCAGAGUGCUAAGAAUUUCUUCAGGUAUUGGUCACAUUGGCUCUUUGAACUGGGACCUAGUUAUCUGUUUAGCCGUUGCCUGGGUCAUCUGCUACUUCUGCAUCUGGAAGGGUGUCAAGUCCACUGGCAAGGUGGUUUACUUCACAGCCACGUUCCCUUAUGCUAUGCUGCUGGUCCUGCUGAUCAGAGGAGUCACCCUGCCAGGAGCCUCCAGGGGAAUCCACUUCUAUCUUUACCCCGACCUGGGACGGCUGUCUGAUCCACAGGUGUGGAUGGAUGCUGGAACUCAGAUUUUCUUCUCCUAUGCCAUCUGUCUCGGCUGUCUCACUGCUCUGGGAAGUUACAACAAAUAUAACAACAACUGCUACAGGGAUUGCCUGUCCCUCUGUUUCCUGAACAGUGGUACUAGUUUUAUCGCAGGCUUUGCCAUUUUCUCCAUCCUGGGCUUCAUGUCCUACGAGCAGAACAUACCUAUCUCAGAAGUGGCUGAAUCUGGUCCAGGUUUGGCCUUCAUAGCCUACCCCCGUGCUGUGUCCAUGAUGCCUUUCUCCCCUCUGUGGGCCUGCUGUUUCUUCAUUAUGAUUGUCUUUUUGGGACUGGACAGUCAAUUUGUGUGUGUGGAGAGCUUGGUGACAGCCAUGGUGGAUAUGUAUCCCUCCAUCUUUCGCCGUAAAAACCGCAGGGAGUUCUUCAUCUUGGGAGUGGCUGUGGUCUCCUUCCUCUUUGGGCUCAUCAUGCUGACAGAGGGAGGGAUGUACGUCUUCCAGCUUUUUGACUACUAUGCGGCCAGUGGGAUGUGCCUUCUCUUCGUGGCUAUUUUUGAGACUGUUUGCAUCGCUUGGAUUUAUGGUGCCGACCGUUUCUAUGACAACAUAGAGGAUAUGAUUGGCUAUCGCCCCAGCCCUGUCAUCAAAUACUGCUGGCUGUUUUUCACUCCUGCAACAUGUUUUGGAACCUUUGCCUUCGCCUUGAUCAAGUACUCACCUCUUAAGUACAACAAUGAAUAUGUGUACCCGUGGUGGGGCAAUGGGAUAGGCUGGGUCCUGGCCCUGUCCUCCAUGCUGUGUAUUCCUCUCUGGGUGGCAGUGAAACUGUACUACACGCCUGGAACGCUGAGAGAGCGCCUUGUUCUCCUGACCACUCCUUCCACUGAGUUACCGAAGACAAAACAAGAGCAGGAGAAGCUGCUGGCCAUCUUCGCCGCAGACGGCGACAGCCUUCAGCAGAAAGCACCUCCAACUAAGGACGGCUACUUCCCCGUUGAUGAAAAGGAGUCUCAUUGCUAGAGACCAGAGGGUUGGAAUCAGAGCCGUGUAGGAGUCAAAGGUCACUCCUCAGCUUUGACACUGUCUGGCCCCAUCCCAACUCCGUUUGCAAUACCUCACCAGACAAGGUGGCGAAACAGGCACAGACUGUAAGAGACACCUGACCUGUAACUACUGAUCUGUUGCUGGAGCUUUUUUUUCCUUUGUACAGUGCCUUCAACAUCCAGUAUGAUGGCAAAACCAUUCUUACUUCAAGAUUUACAUCCUUUUUAGGACAGUUGGUUACCAUCUCUUUUGCCAGUGGCAGAGUCACAUGUACAUAUGGAAAAUGUGGCCAUUGUUGUUACACAGUGGCUAAGAAUUUACAUUUGAUCGUGUCUGCUUUCUAAGGAAGCAUUUUUUUUCUGUUAUGGACAUCUCUAAUGUUCAGUUAGUCUGACCUGACAUUAUUUUACUGAUUCUAACAGCUGUCUGCUGUGAAUGGAGCGCAGGAGGAGUGCACAGAUGAUAAAAGCUUGCUUGAAUAAAACCAAUGUGUGUUUAAGUGUAAUGCACUUCUGUAAUGUACAGUAUACAGAGUACUUUAUGUAUUCAAUCUAUCAAUUCAAUUGUGUUGACAGCUCUGUUUUUACUGUAUAGUAGAGAAUUAUCAGCUCAGGAUGUGAAAAAUAUUAAUAAAAAAAAAUCUUUAUAAGCAUAUUAAUAACAAAUUAAAUGUUUGAGCAUGAUGUAAAUAAUUGGAUUUUAAAUUUACAAUUAGCUGAACUCACCACAACUCAACUUGAUUAAGCUUUUAUGUUGUUUAUUCAGAUGUAUGCUAUUAUGUUCAUUAAUUCAGUGUAUGUUUUUUUUAAAAUUUCCUUUGCUUUACUGAUCUUUGCAGAGUUGCAUGAAUAUUUUACAUGCUUUUUUUCAGUGUUCUGAUCGUUGACAUGAUUUUAAUUUAGUGCCAGUUUUGCCUUAUCUUAUUGAAUCUUAUGAAGUUAAAACAUAAAGUGCCUAAAGGAGACAGUUGUGCCACUUAGAUAGUACGCGCAGGGCACGCUAUAAUGGCUGAAGGGUUUCAUUCCAAAACGAUCAUCUCUCUCGUCAUCUUUGCUUCUGCUGUAUUAUAAUGAACAUAGGCCUGUGUUUCUUUAGAUGUUGGACUUAAUAAAUGAUCACUGAUUA